AGGUAAUCGUCAUCAGUAGAAGCCUAGUAGCUAGCCCUGGACCUUUUCGACUUUGUACAAACUUUCAGCUUUCUUUCAAACCCCAACCUCCAACCAUCUCAAAACACAAACAUUUCACCACUGGCUUUAAUACCGACAAACGAACACUCGCCUGCCGUUGAAAUCUCGACGCUGGGCAUUGCAACUUAUUCCCCAGUGCACGAAACCCCGCUCUCGAGAACUCAGGGUAUUCCGACAUUUCCAAAGUCGUCUUGAGCACACUGCUCUUUCGUAGACAAGAUGUCUGCCGAUCCAUCACAGGACCCUCCCAAGAAGAAGGUCAACUUGGCCGAUGUAUCUGGUGCCGAUGUCAAGGAGGAAUCGGAUGUAGCAACCGCAAUUUUGAAGAAGAAGAAGAAGCCCAACCAGUUGAUGGUUGCCGAUGCCACAAAUGAUGACAACUCCAUCAUCGCACUCUCCAACAGCACCAUGGAGGCCCUACAGCUCUUCCGUGGUGACACCGUCCUUGUGCGGGGAAAGAAGAGAAAGGACACAGUCCUGAUCGUCCUAGCUGAUGAUGAGCUUGAUGAUGGAAGCGCGCGACUCAACCGUGUGGUGCGUCACAACCUCAGGGUCAAGCAUGGAGAUGUUGUCACUAUUCAUCCCUGCCCUGACAUCAAAUACGCCAAACGAAUUGCCGUCCUGCCGAUUGCCGACACCGUAGAAGGCUUGACGGGCUCCCUAUUCGAUGUCUUCCUUGCACCCUAUUUCCGGGAGGCUUACCGCCCAGUCCGCCAAGGCGACAUUUUCCUGGUUCGUGGUGGCAUGCGUCAAGUCGAGUUCAAGGUUGUUGAGGUCGACCCUCCGGAGUACGGUAUCGUAGCCCAAGACACGGUCAUCCACUGCGAGGGCGAGCCUAUUCAGCGUGAUGAGGAGGAGAACAACCUCAACGAGGUUGGCUACGACGACAUUGGUGGCUGCAGGAAGCAGAUGGCCCAGAUCCGCGAGAUGGUGGAGCUUCCUCUGCGUCACCCUCAGCUAUUCAAGUCGAUCGGAAUUAAGCCCCCACGUGGUGUCCUCCUUUAUGGACCUCCUGGAACCGGAAAGACGCUCAUGGCUCGCGCUGUCGCAAACGAGACCGGUGCUUUCUUCUUCCUUAUCAACGGUCCCGAGAUCAUGUCAAAGAUGGCCGGAGAGUCCGAGUCCAACCUGCGCAAAGCCUUCGAGGAGGCUGAGAAGAACUCACCCGCGAUCAUAUUCAUCGAUGAGAUCGACUCCAUUGCACCAAAACGUGAGAAGACAAACGGCGAGGUUGAGCGACGUGUCGUUUCACAGCUCUUGACCCUCAUGGACGGCAUGAAGGCGCGCUCCAACGUUGUGGUCAUGGCCGCAACCAACAGGCCCAACUCUAUCGACCCCGCUCUGCGCCGCUUUGGACGUUUCGAUCGUGAGGUUGACAUUGGCAUUCCGGACCCCACCGGUCGUUUGGAGAUCCUUCAAAUCCACACCAAGAACAUGAAGCUUGGAGAUGAUGUGGACUUGGAGCAAAUCGCUGCUGAGACGCACGGUUACGUCGGUUCUGAUGUUGCGGCCCUUUGCUCGGAGGCGGCCAUGCAACAGAUCCGCGAGAAGAUGGAUCUCAUCGACCUUGACGAGGACACCAUUGAUGCUGAGGUCCUUGACUCUCUAGGUGUCACCAUGGAGAACUUCCGCUUCGCCCUCGGCGUUUCCAACCCUUCGGCUCUGCGCGAAGUUGCAGUUGUCGAGGUGCCCAACGUUCGCUGGGAGGAUAUUGGUGGUCUGGACGAGGUCAAGCAGGACCUCAGGGAGCAGGUUCAGUACCCAGUCGACCACCCAGAGAAGUUCCUCAAGUUUGGUCUCUCACCAUCGCGUGGUGUGCUUUUCUACGGUCCUCCGGGUACCGGAAAGACCAUGUUGGCCAAGGCUGUUGCCAACGAGUGUGCGGCCAACUUUAUCUCUGUCAAGGGUCCAGAGUUGCUCAGCAUGUGGUUUGGAGAGUCGGAAAGCAACAUUCGUGACAUCUUCGACAAGGCACGCGCUGCGGCACCUUGCAUCGUCUUCCUGGACGAGCUUGACUCGAUCGCCAAGGCCCGUGGAGGCUCUGUGGGUGAUGCCGGCGGUGCCUCGGACCGUGUCGUGAACCAGCUGCUGACGGAGAUGGACGGUAUGACUUCCAAGAAGAACGUGUUCGUUAUUGGAGCGACCAAUCGUCCCGAGCAAUUGGAUCCCGCCCUUUGCCGUCCUGGUCGUCUUGACUCGCUUAUCUAUGUGCCGCUUCCUGACGAGCUGGGCCGCCUCAGCAUUCUCAAGGCCCAGCUGCGUAAGACACCCGUCUCAGACGACGUUGACCUGCAGUACAUUGCCAACAAGACGCACGGCUUCUCCGGUGCCGAUCUUGGGUUUAUCACUCAGCGUGCCGUCAAGAUCGCCAUCAAGGAGUCCAUUACUGCUGACAUCAACCGCACCAAGGCUCUUGAGGCUGCAGGCGAGGAUGUCCCCAUGGACGAGGAUGCCGAGGACCCUGUACCUGAGUUGACGAAGCGCCACUUCGAGGAGGCCAUGCAACAGGCUCGCAAGUCGGUCAGCGACGUCGAGAUCCGUCGCUACGAGGCUUUCGCCCAGCAGAUGAAGAAUGCUGGUCCAGGUGCUUUCUUCAAGUUCCCUGAGGGCGAGGGUGCACCGGCAGCCAGCGGCGGCGAGACGUUCAACGACGGUGGUAACGACGAUGGUCUGUACGACUAAGCUCUCAAUUCUCAUCUUCGACACACUAAAGCCUCUGUACACUACACCUUUGCUUCAUUCGACUGGGUUUUGACAUGACUGAGCCCGGCGUGGCCAGAGGACAACGGUUCGCACUGGGCUCGGCCGUUUCGAGAUUUUGUUGAGUUGGGCAAUGUUCAUUUGCGGUCUUAUACGCUGGUUUCAUGAUUUCUAGAACAAGUGCGAUGGAAUAGGUAGAUUGGCUGGAUUCGCACUUGGCUAGAGGAGGCCACAGUAUGGCCUUUGGGGAGUGAAUGAAAUAUUUUAAAGAACGAUUUCUAUUGGAGUUCUCAACUGCGAGGGUUUAGAUGGAUUAAUUUGCUUGGAAAGCCUCCGGGCUGCUCUAUCAUAAACGUGAAUGACCAAGUCUUCAACC